CAGUUGCGGACUAUACGGGCGUUAGGCUGGUUGUAUAUACUGUACAUAUUUCCCCAUUUGAGCUUUGGCUCUACCACCUGUGUAUAUAUUCGGGAUAGGUGAGGGUAUCAAGCUAACACAUGUCAGCUGAAGAAGUGGCUCGUGUAACUCCUGAUCUGACAGGCUUGUUAUCUACUUCAAUACCACCUCCUGGAUUUUCAGUUGGCGGGUCCACGACUUCAUUGAGUGAUUUGGCAGUGAAUACCCCGGGCAAGUCGCUGAAUAUAAGCUAUCCUCCUCACUGGCCUACUACACUUCCUGAUCUCAGCCUUUCUCUUCUUCAAGAUAGCAGCUCUCAGCUUCCUGAUGGUCUUUGUUUAACUGAUGAUGAUGCAAUUGAUAUAGCCUCUAAUUGUGCUAAUUCGACAGGCGUGUGUUUAGAUAUGUCGGCCAAAGAGAAUAUUGAUGAAUGCAGCUCUGAUCUGUCUCAUCACUUUCACAAUCUUUCUAUAAUCGGUCCUUUGCGUGCAAAUCAAAUUUGGGCUGUUGGCGCAGAACGUCGGAUAAGUACAACACUAGGAAGCGACGCAGCUGAAGGUAGUGGUAGUUCUGGACUACUAUCUUGUUUUGGAGGAUCACAUUGCAGCGGUGGUUCUGGUAAUUUUAGUGUUCUCAGUACCAAUACCAAUGGAGCAAACUACAGUAGUGGUGCCAGUGGAGAUGCACAUCCAUUUGUUGGCAGCGGAGGUGCUGGGGAGAUGACUCCAUUACCUGGACAAAUCGGACACAUUGGUGCACCCUCCAAUGGAAGUGCUGUUUCUGCAAGGUUAGAAAAUAACCAGCAUUCGCAAGAAGGUAAUAACAUUGCUCCAUUUGACCUGUUGUCCAUAUGGGAGCCCCGUCAAAACAACUCACAUCAUGUUUGGCUACCUGACCCUUCACAAGAUGCAGCGAACGCAGCUGUGGGUAACUGCUCUGCUACAGGAGAUGACGCUACCGAAGAGCAAGAAAAUCAUAAUCACUUGAACCUAGGGAUUGACAAUGGGACUGAAAAUGAAGUUCUGCCAUGGAAUUGGGAUGCAACCUGUGGCCUCGCGAAUACAACUUCCUGGCGUGAUUUAUUUCCUGAAUGCAAGGAUUCGGAGUCAACUAAUCUACCGUAUAACACUCCAGAAACUGAUGAUAUCAAUCAUUCUGGGGGACCAGAUUUUGUUGCUCAUACGCCUUCUUCAGGUCUGUGGUCAUCAUCUUUACAUAAUGUAACAUCAUCUAUAACAAAUUCAACUUCAUCUCCUUUGAACACACAAUCCGCUAUGCUUUUCGGAUCUGGAAUGAAUCUUACUCCAGUUUCAAAUGAAAUUGACCCGUUGCAAGCAUCACAUCAGCGAGUGCUUCAGGAACAGUCCGAUUCUUUUGGUGUCACUUUGUCUAGGUCAAAUGCGUCUUUGUUUCCACAGUCGAAUUCUGCUUUGAUAAAUUCUCGUGCAGCUGCUUUUCGUGGUCCAGAUAUUAAUGGCGUAUCAGAUGGUACUUUCCAAAGUUUGUUUCCUUCAUCGAAUUCAAGUACAGCUAUGGCGAACGCAUUACUUACUAUUCCUCCUCUUUUCCUAUAUGGCCAGUCAGCUGAGUCUGAAAGUUCAGGAAUUAUGACGCACCCAUCGAAUCUUAGCGCUUUACCUACAUCAUCAACGGCUUUUCAAAUUCCUAUUUCGUUUAUCGGUGGCCAGGCCUCUGCUUUUGGAUCACCAUUUCAAAUGAAUGAAGCCCAGCUUGUGAAUGAAAGUUAUCCUAAGCAUCCGGGUAUUUUGCCACCUCCUGGUUUGUGCGCUAACACACCAUCAUCAAGCAAUUGUACUACGCCAACACUCUCUUCAAUCCCAAUGGUCUCAGCAACAUCUUCGGUCUCUCAGUUACCAUCAGGAAGUUUUGACGGGAAUUCGCUUUGUGAAUCUAGUGUUGUAAAUAAUACAUUUCCACCUACUUAUAAUAUGUCUACGCCUCAAACAAGCAUAAUAGAUCCACAAUCAAUGGCUUUGGCAAUGUCGAUGUUUAUGUCACAAGGUGCAACUAAUAGCAAUCAAAUUCCUCCAACAUUUUCACAAGCACCUCAGUGGAACCACGUCGCAUUCAUGAUCAUGCAGCAGCUAGCAAAUGGUGUGGCAAAUAAUUCAGGUUGUGUUGGGACGACGACACCUAAUGCAGUUGUUGAUAGUAUAGCACCUGCUAAUGGCAGUAAUAUUAUAGACCAAUCUCGCCUUGCUGCAGGUGCUUUCGCUUUCUUCCAAGCCCAACAACUCAUGAAUGCUGCACAACAACAACAACGUCAUUCCGCUGUCAUCAACAAUAGUGUUACGUCGAAUAAUACUUCCAACUGUUCUGGUGCUGUUGUUGCUGCUACAAUUGCUUCAUCAACAUCUCUAGUCGCUCCGUUUACUGCUAGUGUCACAAAUUCGUCCAAUUAUUUUGGUGGUUUAUAUUCAUCUGGUUCAGUUGUUGCUGGGUUAGCUCCUGGUAGUUUCUCAGUACCUAAUGGUAUAAAUUUGCUGCCACCAGUUACUCUAUUACAUCCUGAAGCGAGUGGAAGUCAAAAUUCAAUUGCCGUAGAUGUAACUAGUUACAAUCGUAUGCCAGUUUCUCAACCUCCAGGAUGUCUCGCUGUUACUAUGCAUAUUUCACCGACAGCACCAUCAGGAUUACAAAGACCACCAUUAUCUGUAUCAGCUGGAUUUUCAUCGCCUGCUCCAUAUCCAUUCAGUUUCGAUGCGUCGAUGCAUAAGAAUCGUGCUUUUGCUGCCGCCUUUGCUGCUGCGUCAGGUGUAGCCGUUACUGCUACACCACCGCCUGGUAUGGGUCCUAAUCAUAAUCUUCGGCCUAAUGGAGUGAACCACCCGGCUCUUUUAGGAAAUAGAGCUCCAGUUCCGCCGCCUCUCAUGCCUGUGGUUACUGGUCGUAGUCCUGGUUUACUGUCCGCCGUUCAUCCUCAAACUGUUCAACAAGCUCCAAAUUAUGCCGCCGCUCUGCAGUCACAUCAAAACAUCAACCAACGACUUCCGGCUCCAUUACUUUCACCACUUCCUUUGACUCUAUCUGGUACUGCUUCUUCCAGACCUAGUUCAGUUGUUGGUGUAAACAUAACGACGUCUACUCCACUGGUCGCCACAACCGUCUCUAGUCGUAGUCAACUUCUGGAAGAUUUUCGUAAUUCUAGUGCACGCUUUCAGCAUAUGCAUUUGUCUGAGUUGCGUGAUCAUAUGGUUGAAUUCGCUCGCGACCAACAUGGAUCUCGUUUUAUACAACAGAAGCUAGAGACAGCUACUACAGCAGAAAAAAAUUCAGUUUUCAAUGAAAUAUUACCACAUUCAGGCAAAUUAAUGACUGAUGUGUUCGGUAAUUAUGUGAUUCAAAAGUUUUUCGAGUUUGGAACGAAGGAACAGAAAGAGGUAAUUUCUUGACGUUAUCGUUUUAAUUUAUUUUCAAGACUAAUACUCUUUCAAGCAUGAAAUUUGAUGACUUUAUCAUAACUCGUCGUUACUUCAAAUAUUGUUGAAGCGUUGCUCUGUUUCACUUAUCUUCCACUUUUGUAUAGUGUUGGAAAAUUAGUCACUGUUAGAGACGGACUAAAUCGGAAGACGUUUAAAUAGAACUAAUUAUACACUUGUCAAAGGUCGCUGAACUAAUAAUUUCCUUAUAUAUAAUAUUAUUACUAAAAGUGGAAUUUGAGAGUGCAAAGAAUAUCAACAAAACAGGAUGCUCGAGCGGAAAUGCAACCGUGAAAGAUUACUAUAUUUUACUGUACUGUCUAAAGUUGUCACUAAACCUUAACUAUAGUAACUUCCCAUGUUUUAAACCUAUAUUUAAAAAAAACAACACAUGUCACUUAUCUUCCGUGUUGUUUUUUCUACUAUAGUAGUGUCCGACAUGAAUAAAAUAGCAAGUCGACCAAGCUGUCGAGCACAGAGGAGCUCGUUUGGCACCUACCAACUUACAUCAUUCCUGGAGUAGAUGUGAUAUCCGACUAUCGAUUAAAGAAUGUGUAUACUACUCAGCAGUUCUUUCUGUCUCCCUUAAUGACUGUGAGACAUGGCCAUUGGAAAUGGAAGAUAUGAAAAGACUAGUUAUCUCAUCCAGUGAUUGGAUUAUACUAGUGAUACUAGUGGCUCAAAAUGGUUGUCAAUGGCACAGAUGCAUUCACUUUUGUGAUCUCCCAUAUCCACUAAACCCUCAUGUUUCUGCGUACUACUAUUUUGUCUCCUGGGAAUUUCUGUUUGUUAUAGUUUUUUUUUUGAAUUUGUUUUUUGAAUCUUUUGUCGACGUUUGUGUGAUAUAUUGAGUGUGGCAGCUGUUACUGAUACACUUGUUGAUACUCAGUGAGCCAGUCGGUCAUUGGAGCACUUUUAACUCAAUGUUUAUUAUGUGAAACUUCUCAGUGUAUGUUUAGCUCAUCAGGCUAUAUAUUUACCAUGCAGCUACUACAUUGAUUAUUGUCUCUCCAGUUGGUAGUUGGCUCCUUCCACAUCCGUUCCAUCUGCUCUCGCAGAUUCCCAACACUUCUAGUUUAUAUCUCCUCAUUUCUGCGGCUACCUGAGCAGCCUUUCCAGUUUUGUACAUUGUACGAAUAUUCCACGUCCCCAUCCUUAUUUUUGCUUUCAUCGAAAGAAGGCACAUCGGUUGACUGGCUUCCCGAAGUCUUUCACCAGCCUGCGUCAUUUCACUUCCCCGAUUCCAGCGAAAAAUAAGGUUAUUGUUUGAAUUUUUAGAAUUUUUAAUUUGUGCGUUGAAGUUUUUUGUAGCAGUUUGGUUAGGUUUUGGGGGUGGAGUUGCUAGCACCACGCCUCAACCCUCCCUCUUUAUCCGGCCUUGGGACCGGCUAGAAAACUAGUGAGCUAGUAAUCUAGGCGAGGUUGGUUUAAAAUAUUCAGCACACUGUUUAAUUCAUUAUAAAUCUUUUCCGUGCUCAUAUUCUCAUUCUCAAUAGACAGUUUCAUAUUUCACUUUAGCAUCUAUCUCAACGUCUACAAGGUCAUGUAGUUGAAUUCGCUACACAAAUGUACGGCUGUCGUGUUAUACAAAAAGCACUGGAAUCUGUACCAGCUGAGGCAAAAAUACAUAUUGUUAGUGAAUUAAGACCAUAUGUGACUAGAUGUGUAAAAGAUCAAAAUGGAAAUCAUGUGAUCCAAAAGUGUAUUGAAUGCGUUCCACCUGCAGAGCUUGAUUUCAUUAUCUCAGCUUUUCGUGGUCAGGUUGUUUUGCUUUCAUCACAUCCUUAUGGUUGUCGAGUGAUCCAGCGUAUUUUAGAGCAUUGUUUGCCAGAACAAACGCGUCCUAUCUUAGAUGAGUUGCAUAAAGGAGUAGAGAAUUUGGUUAAAGAUCAAUAUGGAAAUUAUGUUAUUCAACAUGUAUUGGAGCAUGGUUCAAAUGAAGAUAAAUCACGCAUUAUACAAAGUUUACGUGGUCGUGUAUGCGCAUUAAGCUCGCAUAAAUUUGCAUCAAAUGUUAUGGAAAAGGCUAUCGCCAAUGCUGCAGCUUCUGAAAGAGCUUUAUUAAUCGAAGAAAUUCUACAUCCAGUGUCCUCCAAUGUUGGCGUCAAUGGCGGUGAUGCUUCACUAACAAAUAAUAAUGUGUCAUCAUCUCUGGUAGAUAUGAUGAAAGAUCAAUACGCAAAUUAUGUAGUCCAACGUAUGCUAGAAUUGGCUGAUGCUGAACAACGUCGUGUACUUAUCAAUAGAAUACGUCCAAUGCAGAAUACUUUACGUAAAUACAAUUAUGGUAAGCAUAUAAUAGCAAAAUUAGAGAAAUACAAUAACACUAGCGGAAAUAACUCUGUCAAAAGUUCGCCUACAUCUCCACCAACUAAUUCUUCAACCAAUCACAAUUUGAAGAUUAACAAUAAUAGUAGUAGUAAUGGUACAGGCACUACGGCAGUUACUAACAAGUCAGCAUCGAAUGCAGAAAGUAAUCCUGUCACAAGUCAACAAAAUGAGUCUACUGCUACUACUAAUAUACUACUACUACUACUUCUGCUACCACUGCUACUACUACUAAUGCUAAUACUAAUAAUAGUAACACCACCUCCAAUAACAACAAUAGCAGUACUGCGAAUUCAAAUCAUAAACCAAGUGAAAAAUCCAACCAUCGUACAUAAUUCACAAUGUAUGCAUUACAUCUAUCAGUUGUAGUACGAAUGUGAACUGAACUUGAACAGUGUUUCUUCGUUGCUUUUUCUUUUUGUGUUGACGUAUAUUAUAUUGCAUAGACAUACGACGCAUUAGUUAGUGUAGUUUCGCUCCUUCUAUUUGUGAUUGCUAGUUUUCAUUGUUGUUUUUCUUUUGUCUUUUUUGUUUUGCUUUCCACAUCAAUCAGUUAUUUAACCCUUUUUAUUAUGGAUACCAGUUUCUGUAAAAAGGUUAACCCAAUAGGGUCGUUUUAUGUAUUUAUAUGUUUUCCUGUGUGCUUUCUCUCUCUCUCUCUCUGUUUAUCGUUCACACUCACAAUGUUAUCAAUUCUACUGUGAACUAGCUGCAUAGUUUGUUUGUUUUCUUUUUCUUAAUGUAAAUGUCUUUCGGCUCAGACUCAUUCGGUAUGUAUCAUAUGCAACAUUGUGAUAUGAAUAGAUCUCUAUUCGUAUACUGGCUUGGGCUGUGCUUCGCUGGCGAUAUAUAUAUAUAUAUAUCAUUUGUACCUAUACAUGUACUGUUACAUAACUAGUCCUUAUGAUCUCUUCCCAUUCAAUAUUUAUGUGAUUUAUUACUGUUUGUUCUUUAGUCUGUUCAUCCUGACGCAAAUAUGUACAGUAUUCAAUCGUAUGCAGUUGUAAGUAAAUAACGCACAUUGAUUAUUCCUUCGUACGCUUUUCUGUUUUGCCCUUCACAGUGUAUGUGUACCCGAAUGUGGGAAAUAUGUUAUAUAUAUGUAUACAUAUAAAUUGUUUUGUUCAUUUUCUUUUCCCUGUUCAGCAUUUUAAUCUGAUCUGUUGGUGUUAUAUCACAUUACUUAAAGAAUUAUAGUAGUACUAGCGACAACAAUUAUCAAUACGCUUUACCAAUUAUUAUUAAUUCUUACAAAUCAAACUGUAUACAUCUUGUCAUCUAUUGUUUAUAUGCUUGUGUUAUUCUGUUCAAAAUUCAGCUUGACAUUUAUUCACACAUGCCAAAGUACACAGUAUAUAGUGUGUUUAUUUUGCUGUCUUGUAAAAAAGUUAAUCUGAUUACAAACUUUGUCCUGCAUAUAUGUAUACAUUGUUACCCUAUAUUGAUCUACAGACUGUACCUGGGUUCGUUACACUGAGUAUAUAUAUACCAAGGUCUAUUUGUUGUGUAUACAUUCUAAUUCUUUGGCUGUUAUGUUGUAUGUAUAUUGUGCUUGCAUCUCUUGUUUCACUAUUAUUACUGUCAGUCUUAAUUUUGUCAUUAGUACACACACCUGCCCUGAUCCCUUGUAUUAUUAAAAAGUUUGGCGUUUUCUGUAACAUCAUUCUAUCCUACUAUUACAUUUCUAUUCUUAUACCUAUUUCUAUCUUGCUUGCUUAUGUUAUGGUUGAUUUGUAUUAAAAAAAAUCUCCUUUUGAUUUUCUUAGUUUGUGUUAAGUUGAUGUGAUGUGAUGUGAUUGUUCUCUUGUCGUUCAGGCAGGUAUUCAUCGUCUUCUGUCUCUCUCUCUCUAUAUAUAUGUACUUAUGUGUAUCUAUACCCAUUCACUAUUAUUAUACAUUCAAUCUUUAACACAAUAGUUAUAGACUUCAAUUCUGUUAGCGUUUCCAGGUUUACAUUCAUUGUUAUUAUUACAGUCGUCUCCUAUUUUGUCAGUUCCCACAGUUUUCAUUGGCUAAUUCUACUACUAUUUAUUAAAUAGUCUUUGUCUCAUCUUCUCUGUUGUUGUCUUUUUGUUCUCUCCCAAUUACUCCGUAUUAUUCGAUUUUGAACAAUAAUCACUAUUCUUCUCCUAUGUUGAGUGAUGUCAUCAAAAGACAUAUAUAUGAAUGAAUCUAAAUUUGGGAAGUCUUACCUACUGUCUGUUAGUCCCAUGUGGUCUGUAUCUUAUCACAUGGGACUUGUAAAUUAUCUCGUGUACUCAUAUAAUUAAUACUACAUUGUUAAAUAUAUAAAUCAGUUCGUUUUCGUGACUUCUUUACGUCAUCUUUUCACUUAGCAAUCACUAGUCCCACCGUGAGUUGAGUAGCUGCGUAUUAUUCAUUCAGUGCUUUCGGAGGGGAUCAAAGGACUUCAGUGGAGAGUACACUUAGUUCACUGUCAUCACUUUCCACGACUGCACUUAAGCUUUCGUUUCCUCUUCAAAUGACAUUCUCUAUGCUACUGUCGUACGCCCAACUCUUUAACUUAUAUCCAUCCAAUCAACUUUCAUUCCUUUCUGUUAAUUUUAUGGGCAGUAGAUUGUUUAGUUGGCUGCCACAAUCGUCUUAGUUCUAUGGAAGCAAAAUUAAGCAUGGGGAAACGGAAUGCUCACAACAUUUUUUAAGGUGACAAGGGGAGCUUGCUAUAACACAGUUCUUAUUAUUGUCAUUAUUAUUUGUUACUUGUACCUACUGGUUCACUAGUUGAAUUACCUUCACCCUUUUUACAUAUUCAGUGUCAUUUAUUGUUGUCGGUUUCCUGGCAAUACCUAGACCGUAGAGUAUGACAGGA